UUUAAAUAUACACAAUAGGCAAGAAUUGUGAUGCAUACCUCAAGCACUUGCAGGACUCCAUCUAAUAUGGCAUCUACACCUUUUAUGACAUUAUCAACAAUAGUUCGGGUGGCAGUGUUGAGUGCGUCAAUCUUAAUAAGCAGCUCCGCAACUUUGAAUUGCAAAUCCUCUUGUAGUAAAUCCAUAGCUGCAUAGCUGAAAAACACAAUAACAACUGUUAGUUUAACAACCAGACGCACAUUAUAGUUUGUAGCAGUGUAGUGAAUGCAUAGUCAUUGACUUAUUUAGAAACUAAGAAACGUAUAGAGAAAAUUCUUGAAUUUUGUAGAGCAAACUUAAGUUUGAAUAACCUCUCCAUCGAGAAAGCAAGUCUCCAUAAAACUCUUUCUUUGUUUGUGUACAUAUUCCUAACCAACAAAACAUAUGAGGAGCGAAAACAUAAGCAGAUAGCCGUACUUACAGUGAUAAGACGCCUUUGAUAGAAUUAGGAGUUUUGAUUCAACACAGCACGAUAGGAAAAUGGCAUUGUGAUAUGCGUCAUUGUUCUUUAAGAUGUUCUGUAUGCUCAGAACACGCCACCUCCCGCCCACACCACCUUCCAGACCCCUCCUCUUCCCCUCCCUACCCCGCUUCCCCUCUGGCCCAUGUCUCAAUGCUGCCAACUGUAGACUCCACGAAGUGCUACAAAACAUAACACUUAAGCAUUAGUUUGAUCAUUGAUGCGCAAAUUUUUUAAAAAUGAGUUUAUCAAUUAAAAAAUACCUUGAAUGAAGGAUACCAAUGAAACACGGUUCGUUUUGAAAGCUGCUUUGCAUUUCCAUAGUUGGUAUGUGCUUGGUGCGUAAAUUUAAAACGGCUGAAACGGUUUUAACUUAUCACUGUCAGGUCUGGUUUGGUUUGCUGAAAGAAAUCUCCCUUUGCGUAUUUCUGAGAUAUUUGUGAGAAAUGGCAAACAUCAGUGUUUUACUGCAAGUUGAGAAUCGAUCAAUAGUUUUAGAUCUUGAGGACAACUUGUAUUUCACUCUAGACAAGUCAUUCAAAGACUACUGCAAAAGUGACUGUGCCCUUGCAAACAGACUUAAGGUUUAUGCACCAAUCUACAAAGCAAAGAAUCCUUUAUUUGGCAACAACGUUACAGAGCUUAUACGUCACCUGCCUCUUGUAGAUAAACAAGAAGUCUUUGUUGAAUGGUGUUCAUUGCAAGUUCAGGAAAAUACGCCAGGAACUAGUAGGGAGAGUGGACAAGUGCCUGCCAGGUUCGCACCAAAUGCAGCAGACACACUGUCCAGCUAUUCGGUUACUAUUGACUUUAAAGAAAUACAAAAGUACUACCCUGAUGGAAAAUGGGACAUGUUGACAGAUACAGAAAAAUUAAAUGAGAAAGCUCGGCUGGAAAAGCACAAUCUAAUAGUUAGCAUGGGUAUGACAAACGCAGUUUUUACUGCAGUGGGACCAAAACCAUCAACGAACAAGACACAGUCUCCAGCAAAACCAUCUGGAAGCAGGAAAGGAAAGAAAAAGACUCAAACACAGAAUGGAGCAGAUAUGGUUUUGGUACCACCAUCAAGAAAGUCAAGCCGGAAGAGAGCCAUUCCCACUAUUGUACAAGAUGAUGGCUUGGAAGAUGCUGAUGAUCCUCUUUGCUCAAAGGAACAGGAACAAAGCACUAGCAUCGGUGCAACUAAGCCUUCUGAUUUACCUGCUAGUGACAAACUUAUUGAAAGCCAUGUUGUUGAAGACGAGGAGGAUGAAUUUUUCUUUCAAUUGCCGCAAAAUGAAAGUACAGACAAGACAGAUUUAAAUGAAGAUGUAAAUGAAGCUGAAGCCCUAGAAGAACCAGGGACAAGCAACAAAGAUCAAGACAAAGAAAAUGUUGAUCCAACACAAAAACCAAAAAGAAGAAAAAGGGUUCAGUUACCAAGAGAGUUUGGAAAGUACAUCACUGAAUUCAAUGCUAUGCCAACCAACAUUUCAGAGGAGCUAGCAAAGGCCAUACAAUGUAAUAAGUACAGUGUCACCGCUUUCCUCACUUUAACAAAAGAACAUAUUAAAUCCAAAAUUGGUGAGGCCAGAUAUCCAUCUAGCUAUGAGUAUGACCUUGUAUGUAAAGCCUUGAUAAAAAAAUUUCCCAAUCUAGCUGACACAGACAACCCACAAGAAUUUGUAAGUAAAGAUAUCCCAUCUUGUCAUUUAUAUGAUCAUUAUUUUUACACUGAAACUUCAUUGCUCCUUCAGGAUGAACUAAAGACUAAAAUUAGAAAGUCAAUAAGUGGAGAAAAUUACAGAAAAAAUAAAGCAGAGGCUAAACGUGAUUCUCAAGCAAAUGAGUCUAUAACAUUUAAUACUGGUUCUGGAGCCAGCAGUUCUCAGUCAGCAGUCACUCUCUCAGUCUGUCCUGGAGCCAGCAGUUCACAAGUAGUAAAUGAAGUGGACAUUUAUAUUCAAGAAUUGAAAGCAGGAGUAGCGUCAAGAAAUAGACAGUUAUUCCUUGUGAGGACAACACUCUCUAAGCGACAAGAGAGCAUGACUGCUAACAUGGAUCUACCUAUGUUAGAAGUUUUCAUAAAAGAAUUUCCACACUACAUGGACAGUGAAAUGCUGCUUUAUGAGUAUUCACUGGUAGUGAAUAAGUUGAGUUGUGGAAAGGUAAAAUCAAUCAGUGAUCUCCAGGAGAAUGCUAAAAAACUGUUGUCAUUGCUGGAGCUUCACCUUAACAACCCAAAUCAAAUUGAUGCAAUUAACUUUUUACAAAACAAGUUAGUCCCACAAAAGUAUAAAAAAGAAAACCUAAUAUCACUCUUUACCUUUCGGCAUAUACAUGAGAUUCAAGGAGAUAUAGGAAUCCUCGGCACAACACAGCAGUUCCAUUCUCCAUGUGUUCUGGUGCUAGUUGAUGAUGGAGACACCGGGAAACUGAAAAUUGUGCAAUCUCUUCUGAAAAUGAACAGGGGGACAAUUAGUAUCAUGGGGCCAACAACAACAAAGACAGUAAUGUUGCAGGUAAUGGCACCAUACUUUCUCUUUGGAUUGAAAUAUCCCCCUGCGUAUGAAAGCAUAUUGAGGAUUUUUGAAAGGACUAUACAUGGAUUCUUUUGUGCUGAGACACAAAAAACUAGGGCAAAAAAAGAAUACAAAGAAUUUGUUAAUGAAUUUAAAGCCUAGGGCACU